AUGAAUACACCCACAACUCAACCAGAAUUCCAACCUCAUCACCGGUUGGUCAGUCCCAACUCUAUCAAUCGUCAUAUACCGGCAUUUUCCUUCCGGAACUGGGCGGGUCUCUACGAGCUCCGUUCUUCCUGUGCCGGACGGUUGCCAGUCCGCCGCCUCACCAUCCAACUACUCAUUGUCUCACUCCACUCCACCGCUCAAUUAACCCAGCCUCACGCAUCUUUCCCUCUCCAUGCCAGCACAAUGGAAACAACAUUGCCAUCUCAACCCGCCCCCACAAAAAAGGUUUCGCGAUAUUGUAACCAGGCUCAUUAUCGUGCAACACUUGGACUCAGGCCUCCAGAGUCAGACAACCCAAGUCCUGACUCUAGAGCAGGGGUCUUCUCCCCUGAGAUACUCGUAAGGGAUGCUUCUGUUUGUAUUCUACGUGAUUUUGUGAAAUAG